ACCUUAAUUCAAAACCAAAGAGUGUUUAAGACAGCCAUGAGCCCCAGCCAGAGUUCAAGCUUAAACAGGGAGCAGCAGCACCCAGCCAGCCAGCGGGCCACCGCAGCAAGAUGAAGUUCACCACCGCCCUUCUGGCCAUGGCCUCGACAGCCGCCGCCCUCCCCAGCAUGAAGGCUGCCGUGACGCCUCGCCAGUCCGACAACGAGAUCACCGACGAGCUCCUCUUCAACAUCACGUUGCCCGAGUUUCAGGCGCGUCGCGGCACGCCCUCCACGCUUAACUGGAAGACGGAUGGCUGCACCUCGGCGCCAGACAACCCGUUUGGCUUCCCAUUUCGCCCGGCCUGCGAGCGCCACGACUUUGGCUACCACAACUACCGCGACCAGUCGCGCUUCAUAGUUAGCGCCAAGUCAAAAAUCGACAAGAAAUCCAAGAAAGAUCUCUACUACCAGUGCAAGGGCACCUCCGCCAAGUUGGUCUGCAAGGGCCUCGCAGCGGUCUAUUAUGCUGCUGUCCGCGCCUUUGGCGGUGACGAUGCUGGCCCUGGCAAGCGCGAUGUCGACUGGGUCGCCAUCUACGAGGAGAAGGUCGCCAUUUACGAGGCUCUGGUGCGCGACGCUCAGGCGCAGGGUCUGCUGCCCAUACUGGGAGCGACUGCAGAGUGAGGGCAGGCUGGUGUAUACACACUGCGACGACGGAACGACGGAACGACGAAUGACGCCUAGAUACGAUA